CGGGAAGCAUCGAAGGAAAAUCAAGUCGGACUCUCUCUCUCUCUCUCGCUCGCUAGCCGGUUGAGUGUUCUCUCUUCCUCUAAUUUGCAGAUUGCUAUCUUCCAUCCAUGCAACUUCGGAUUCGUGUGGUAUGCUUUCGCGAAAGCUAGGGAUUUUGAAUGUCGUCAACUCAAUGGAAAUAUAAGCCCUCUGUAUCUGGAUCUAAAGAAACCCUAAAAGUUCAUUGCCAAACACGAAGUCGCGUCGGGAGCUCUCUGGGAAAGGCAUCAACGGUUUGAAGGAGAAGGGUUCACGACGGGAGCUCUGUGGGGGCAAGCAUCGACGGGACCGGUGGCGUGUCAAGGAGAAGAUGGGUUCGUGACGGGUUAGGUGGCGGAAGGGGCAUCUAUCUGCGUGGAUUUGAGUUAAUUUUGUCCAUAGCCCGGAUUUACUGAAUCCGUGGUUGAAGGUAAAACGGACGAUAACCGGGAUUUAGGAUUCCGUAGGAUUUUAAGUUGUCAUUUUUUGCUAUUUGGCAGGAUUUUGGUUAAUUAUUGUGAUAAGCCGAAAUGCCGCAACCCAAGAUCAGUUCUUUCUUCCAACCGUCCUUUCCAGAAACUCAACAUGCACUUCAGGUUCCGAACAAGAUGGAGGCUUGGCAUCUGCUCUCUGGAGUGAUGAAUGCUGAUUCCCGCUCAGUAUUAGCUUUCAAGGACUCCAAUUUAGAUCCGAAAAGUGAUUGUGAUGAGUUUCCACCAUCAGAACGUUCUUGUGAGUACAAAAAGAGUGGAAGCUCGUUAAAUCCUUGUAGAAAUCUCAGUAAGAAGAGAAGAUACGAACAAUACCAUUUGGAUUUCGGGCAAUCCGACUUCAUUCUUUACUCAUGCUCUGUAUGUGGACUCAUGUAUUCUCGUGGGGUAGAAGAGGAUGAGCGGGUUCACCGGAAGUUCCAUCAGGACUAUGAUAGGGGAAUUCAGUUCAAGGGCUGGCAUAAUGAGAGAGUAGUAUCUGAUCCUUGGACAAAAGGGGAUCGCAUUUUGCUUAUUUUGGACAGUGAUUCUUCAACUCAAAAACGUUUGAUUCAAAAGGUGGUUAAAAUGACAAAGAAAGAACUUGGAUUUGCUGAUGAGAAUAUCAUCCAUGCUCUUUGUAAGGUUUAUCUCUUCAUUUCUGCUCAUAGAAUUGUUGGAUGGCUUGUUGCUGAACCUAUACAAACAGCCCAUAGAGUUAUCCCAAACUCUUCCUCAGGCAAUAGCUUUGACAGUGGAAUUGCCGAAAGUCCUACGAAAGAGCAAAUGGGUAUUGCAGAUUCAAAGAAAUCAAAAGAAACCACUCUUCAGUUUGGAGAUUUCAAGUUCCGCAGGGAACUUGUAAAGAAAGAUUGCCCUGCAACGAGCACCAAACUUAAUAAAUGGGAUUGCGGUGCUAUCAUAUGUGAAGAGAAAGCCGUUCCAGCUAAGUGUGGUAUUAUGGCAAUUUGGGUCGUGCCAUCCAGCAGAAGAAAGAAAGUUGCCACUCAGUUAAUGGAUGCUGCAAGGAAGAGUUUCUGCACAGACCAAAUUUUGGAUAUUUCAAAGUGUGCAUUCUCUCCACCUACCUCAGCAGGGUUGGCAUUUGCUUCCAGUUAUACGAACAGCAGAUCAUUUCUAGUUUACAGAGCAGAUGAUGUUUGAACAAAACGAGGAUAUAAGCAUUCUAGAAAAUCAGACUUUCUACAUCUAAUUCAUGAGUUUGAUCUUAAAUUUCCUUCACCACAAUGGAGUUAAAAAAACUUGGUACAAUCUCUUCGCACAUUAUCAAUCUACUUAAGAAAAAAGGAGGUCUAGGCCUUCGCUCUCUUGACACACUAAAGCUUUGUUUGGGACAGCUUUCUUAUUUUUUUCUAAAGUGGCUUCCUCUAGAACUUUUUUGUACUAGAAAGCUACUUUAGAAAGCAGUAAGAAUGUAAAUUCAAAAUGACUUGGAGCCUUUAUAAUUUCAACUAUUGCUUUGCUGACUAGUGUUUUAACUUCUAUGGUUCUAUUUAGGAAAAAUAAUAUUCAUAUAUCUCCCCACCAUAGAGAACUCUUCACUUAUCUGCCAUCAAAGUGCAAAGUUGUAUUACUAUAUUUGCAUCUAGAAGAUUUGAAAGGAGUUCAAUUAAUUUCUAUUGGCUAUGCAUAUUUUGGCAAACUGUAGUUGUUGCAAUGCUUUUAUAUUUUUUUUGCUUAAAAUUGAUGGUUCUAAGUUAUAUUUUAGAAAGA